CCCACGCGUGAGAAGGCGGGAUCGGCGUGGGGAGUGCUCACCGGGUUCGGCCGACUCCUGUGGGCACCGCCGCCGCCGCGGAAGGGUCCCGGGUUCCCGGCACAGGCUGCCCCGGAAAUGCUUCCAGCCGGUACAAACAUGGCUGCGGCCCUGCGAACGGCCGGCGCGCUGCUCCGCGGUCCGCUGGCGCACUGUGGCGGCUCAAGGACCCAGCAGCCAUGGACGUGCCAGUUGGGUACAUCAGCGGCAGCCACCACAGAGACAGCCCAGCGGGCCCAAAGUACAGCGCCUCAAGUUCAACCAGAAAAGAGGAAGCCCAAAACUGGAAUAUUAAUGCUGAACAUGGGAGGCCCUGAAACCCUUGGAGAAGUUCAUGACUUCCUUCUGAGACUCUUCUUGGACAGAGACCUCAUGACACUUCCUAUCCAAAACAAGCUGGCACCCUUCAUUGCCAAGCGCCGAACACCUAAAAUUCAAGAGCAGUACCGCAGGAUUGGAGGUGGCUCCCCCAUCAAGAUGUGGACUUCCAGGCAAGGAGAAGGCAUGGUGAAGCUGCUGGAUGAACUCUCCCCAGACACAGCUCCUCACAAAUACUAUAUUGGAUUCCGGUACGUCCAUCCUUUAACAGAAGAAGCUAUUGAAGAGAUGGAGAGCGAUGGGCUAGAGCGAGCCAUUGCUUUCACGCAGUAUCCACAGUUCAGCUGCUCUACCACGGGCAGCAGCUUAAAUGCCAUCUACAGAUACUACAGUGACGUGGGAAGGAAGCCUACCAUGAAGUGGAGCACUAUUGACAGGUGGCCCACACACCCCCUCCUCAUCCAGUGCUUUGCUGACCACAUUCUGAAAGAGCUGGACCAUUUCCCACUGGAGAAGAGAGGAGAGGUGGUCAUUCUCUUUUCUGCUCACUCACUGCCAAUGUCUGUGGUCAACAGAGGGGACCCUUAUCCUCAGGAGGUAGGCGCCACUGUUGACAAAGUCAUGGAAAGGCUGGGUUACUCCAACCCCUACCGGCUGGUCUGGCAGUCGAAGGUCGGUCCAGUGCCCUGGCUGGGGCCUCAAACAGAUGAGGCCAUCAGAGGGCUUUGUGAAAGGGGGAGGAAGAACCUCCUUUUGGUUCCCAUAGCGUUUACCAGCGACCACAUUGAAACUCUGUAUGAGCUGGACAUUGAGUACGCCCAAGUCUUGGCCAAGGAGUGUGGAGUUGAAAACAUCAGAAGAGCGGAAUCUCUUAAUGGAAAUCCAUUGUUCUCUAAGGCCCUGGCUGAUCUGGUGCUCUCACACAUGCAGUCAAACAAGCUGUGCUCCAAGCAGUUGACUCUGAGCUGUCCUCUCUGUGUAAAUCCUGUCUGCAGGGAGACUAAAUCCUUCUUCACAGGCCAGCAGCUGUGACCCUGCCUGAGGACCCAUGGGAUUAGGCAAAUGCCAAACCUCCAUUCACCUCGGAUUGGAGGAGGACACUGCGUAGAGACGGAGGAAGCAAGCCGCCUUCGGCUGUGCCCCAGCCUUUGGGCACAGACUGAGUUUUUAAUCCUAUGAGACACAUAUCUGUUUUGUAUAUAGAGUUUGCUUUUUAUUGUCCAAAACAACCUGGUAAAAGUGGUAAGUAGAGUCACCUCGGGGCUGGCCCGGUGCGUGAGAUCUGGUUACAGCCUCGCGCAUGCAGCUGUCGUUCCUUAGAUGAAUAUGGUUGAGUUUGUGAAAUAUAAAAAAGAAAGGUUGAGCCGGCCAUGUGGUUGAGAGGCAGAGCACUCACCUAACAUGUGGAAGGCCCUUGGCUUGACCCCCAGUCACACGCACACUCUACCUGCUCUUUUCCUCUGUCAGAGAGUAGCAAUGCUGGUGAGUCAGUGUGGCUGUGUGAGCCUCCCCUCCCCUCCCAUCCUCCCCCUCUCAACGCUGAGAGGGAAUGAAGCGCGCACAAGUCAGAAGUGCCUGGACACUCCCCAGGCACAUGGGCUGACACACCCAGAGAAGCCAGCACGCCCCCCCACAGGCCUCCCUUGGAGUCCUAGGUGCCUCAAGGAAGGGGGGCUUCUGCCACUUCCGGUCUCCCAAGACAGCACUGCUGGGAAAUGCCCUUGCUGGGCUUCCGCCUCCCCAGGGCCCCAGGGAGGCCGGGUGUCUUCUUGAUCUCGGCCUCUUUUCCUCACCUGUGUUUAGGAGUUAUUUUUAUAAAGUCAACUAUAUUUCUUUAACUUUGGAUUCUUUCUUCACUUAUAGUUUUUUUGUUUGAAAAUUAUGUAGCCCUAUAAUAGGACAUUAGAAAAAUAUAAAGAAGAAAAAAAAAAACCCAACCACUAAUGCAAUAAUGGUAUCAUUUUAUUGACUGGCAUUUCAUACCUUCUUUUCCUGUGGAUGUUUUUGAUGUCAUUUUCACCUUGAAUUUGUGAGUGAAAAAUAGUUGCAAAAAAUGCAGAAAUGAUAUUGCAUUCAGAAUCUGAUCUAUAUUUGAUGGAUCUGUGAAGAGUUUGUAAUGAUCACUGUUUUAUUCCUCAAGGCAUCUGACACUUUGUUCUUCAAAAAAAAAAAAGGCACUUCUUUGAUUGUUUGAAAAAGCCAGUUUAUAAAGUAGAAGUAAUUAAGGGAUGCAUAGAUCUUCUAUAUUCAGGAUUUGCUAUUAAUAAAUAUUAUGACUUCAUUAAGGUUUUAA